GAAACUUCCUAGUAUGAAAUUGUAAAACAUUCGUUAUGUUGGUAAAACAAAAUUACCAUUAUGUUGGCAAAAUUUAAAAUCCUAUAUUGAAAUUAGAGAAUGAGUUUGAAAACAUCAGUAGGCGCGAAAGCUUUGUCGUCGUUUUAUUCUUUUACUAACGUGAGAUUUUUAAAUAAUUAUAUAAAUAUAUCAGCAAAAAUGGGACCUCUUGAAACUGCAAAAAAAAUUGCUGCUUAUAAAGCUAUCGACGAAUAUGUUAAGGAUAAUAGUGUAAUUGGAAUUGGUAGUGGAUCUACAAUUAUUCAUGCCAUAAACAGACUUGCUGAACGUGUGAGGGAAGAAAAACUUAACGUGGUUUGCAUUCCUACUUCUUAUCAAGCUCGACAAUUGAUACUUAAUAAUCAUUUAACAUUAGGUUAUUUGGAUUCUUUUCCCAAAAUAGAUUGUGCCAUUGAUGGUGCAGAUGAAGUUGAUGCCGAUAUGAAUAUUAUUAAAGGUGGUGGGGGAUGUUUGCUUCAAGAAAAAAUUGUUGCUUCGUGUGCCAAACAAUUUAUUAUCAUAGCUGAUUAUACAAAACAAUCGGAGAAACUUGGACAACAAUAUAAGAAUGGUAUACCUAUUGAAGUAGUUCCUAUGGCAUGUGUUCCUAUUCAACAUAGAAUUGAAGAUAACUAUGGUGGCGAUGUAAAAAUCAGAAUGGCAGUUGCUAAAGCUGGACCUAUUAUAACCGACAAUGGUAAUUUUAUUCUGGAUUGGCAUUUUCCGGAAGAUUUGAGCGAUUGGAAUAGAAUUAAUAAGGAAAUUUUAUUAUACCCUGGAGUAAUAGAAACAGGUCUUUUUAUUAAUAUGGCACAUAAAGCAUAUUUUGGUAUGAUGGAUGGUAGCAUUAAGGAACAAUCAUAAAACAUUUAUUGUUUAAAUAUAUAAAUGUUAUUUUUUAUCUUAUUUACAAUAAUGUGAUUUUAUCAGGA